AUGUCGAAGUCAUGGGCAUCGACAUUGAGGUUACCUAAAUCCACCUUUCCACCGCGCCCGCUCUCGCAAUUUCGUGCCGAAUAUCUCCGCCGAUCCGCCGACGACUUUUACAAUUGGCAGUUAUCCAAUGAUUCCAGACCCGAGUUCACUCUGCAUGAUGGCCCGCCAUACGCAAAUGGAGGCCUCCACGCUGGCCACGCCUUGAACAAGAUUUUGAAAGACAUGAUCAACAGAGUCAAGGUCCAGCAAGGUUAUCGCAUACGCUACAGGCCGGGCUGGGAUUGCCAUGGCCUCCCCAUCGAAAUGAAGGCCGUUGGCACGUCAGGCGGCAAGGGCAUGACCGCCGUAGAGAUCCGAAAGGCUGCGAGGCAGCUAGCGUCCACUACCGUCCUGGAGCAGAUGGAGGGUUUCCGCUCAUACGGCGUCAUGGGUGACUGGGAUGCGCGGUGGACGACAAUGGACCCCGACUUCGAGGUCAGGCAGCUGCGUUUGUUCAAGCAGAUGGUACGGCGAGGCCUCAUCUACCGCAAGAGCAAGCCCGUAUACUGGUCGCCCUCAUCGAGAACUGCUCUGGCUGAAGCCGAGCUGGAGUACAACGAGAAUCACGUUUCAACGGCAGCUUACAUCCGGUACCCAAUUAUUGGCGGCCCAUCCCUGGACGGCUUUACUGGCCAGCUCUACGCCAUCAUUUGGACCACCACCCCCUGGACCCUGCCGGCGAACAAGGCCAUUGCCAUUCACGAUGAAUUGGACUACGCCAUCGCCACCGCCAAUGGAAGCGCGUAUCUCACCGCGGUCAGCCGUCUUGAAGCUGUCAAGGCUCUCUUCCCCGAGCAGGAGCCUCGCGUCAUCGUAGCAUCCAUCAAGGGCUCCGAACUGCUUGGCUUGCAAUACAAGAAUAGGCUGCAAGGGGCAAACUCUGUACCGCAGCCAAUCAUCCACGCAGAUUUUGUGUCAGCAGACUCUGGAACAGGGCUCGUUCAUAUCGCUCCUGGCCAUGGCUUCGAGGACUAUGAGGCAUGCGUUCAGCUCGGCAUCGAUGCCUUCGCGCCCAUAGACGACGAGGGAAACUUCACCCAUGAAGCUUUCCCAGAUGCGCCCGAAAAGCUGACAGAAGCCUCCUCGAUCCUCAAGGGCGGCAGCAAGGCCGUUCUCGCCCUGAUCGAAGACGACGUUCUUGAUGCGGCAAAGUACAAGCACAAAUAUCCCUAUGACUGGCGGACGAAACAGCCCGUGGUCAUACGGUCUACGGCUCAAUGGUUCGCCGAUGUUGGUAGCAUCAAGGACGACGCUCUCAACGCCCUAAAGGACGUCAAGUUUGUGCCGUCUUCCGGGCACAACCGCCUUGAGAGCUUCGUUGUUGGCCGCAGUGAAUGGUGUAUCUCGCGCCAGCGUGCUUGGGGUGUCCCUAUACCUGCUCUGUACGAUGCCAAUGGAGAUGCUGUGGUGACGGAGGAAUCCGUGGACCACAUCAUUUCGGUCAUUCAGCAGCGUGGUAUUGAUGCCUGGUUCUCCGACGCCGCCGAUGAACCUGCUUGGGUUGCGCCGUCUUUGAAAGGACGCUACCGACGUGGUACCGACACCAUGGAUGUCUGGUUCGAUAGCGGAAGCAGCUGGACUGAGAGCAACGGCCAAGCAGACGUCUACCUUGAAGGAUCUGAUCAGCACCGCGGCUGGUUUCAGUCAAGCCUGCUUUCGUACGUGGCCGCGCAAAGGGCUGAGAGUGAUGCGGCAUCCCAAGCGCAGCCCAAGUCUCCGUUCAAGACUCUCAUCACUCACGGCUUCACGCUAGACCAUUCUGGCAAAAAGAUGUCAAAGUCGAUCGGGAACACCAUUACACCCGACCAGAUUAUGGACGGCACCCUGCUGCCGCCGAUCAAGGUCAGGGGCAAAGCCAAGGUAGCCAACGCUGGCCCAACCUAUGAGGCCCUGGGUCCGGACGCUCUUCGUCUCUGGGCUGCCAGUUCAGAAUAUACCAAGGACGUCGCCAUCGGUCAGGCAGUUCUCAAGUCCGUUCACACCGUGCUGGUCAAGUACCGAACAAUCAUCAAAAUGUUGACCGGCUCGAUGCACGAGUCGGCCAGAACCGCUCCCACGACGACUCUGGACUAUAUCGCGCUCAUCCAGCUGAGAGACGUGAUGGCGGAAGUUGAAAGGGCAUUUGCGGCACACGAGUUCUACAAGGCCUUUAGUGCCUUGAACCGCUGGAUCGCCAACGACCUCUCCGCCUUCUACCUCGAGGCUAUGAAAGACCGCCUCUACUGCGGCGACGGCGGCGGCGUCCUGGAGCCAAUCUUCCUCGGCUUCCUCCGCAUGCUAUCACCCAUGACGCCCCUCUUGGUCGAGGAGGCGUGGGACCACCGCCCCGAGUACAUGAAGGCCGACAGCACGAUCCUUCAUCCCCUGUAUACCCCCUACGACGCAACCGUUCACAGUAGAGCACCCUCGCCCAUUGGGGAGGCUUCCCUCCGCAAGGACCUUCCGGUCCUGAUGUCUGUCCAGAAUGCCGUCAAAGCGGCUCUCGAAAAGGGCCGCGCGGCCAAGGUCCUCGGGUCGUCGCUGCAGUCCUCUGUGAUUGUGACGACUGAGGAUCAAGCAGUCGCCGGCGUGAUGAGCAAGUACAGAAAGGAGCUGGAGGCGAUGUUCGUCGUGUCCUCGGUCGAAACCAACACGGGAGUACCCGGCCAGCCCGAGUGGCGUUACGACGAGGCGUUCGAGGUCAACGGCGCCAAGGGGACAGUCUCGGUGUUGCCGCCGAAUGAGCACAAGUGCCCGCGUUGCUGGCGGUAUAUCGCGCCCAAGGAGGACGCUUUGUGCGGGCGUUGUGAUGAUGCUGUGGCAAGCUUGUAA